GUCCCGGCUCCCCUCCAAUGGCCACAAAGAAGCAACCCCACCUCUCCUUUUAGUCCCCCUUCUAUUUAUUUCCCACCAACACUCCUCACACAAAGCAUAGAGAGGUAACAGAGAGAGAGAGCCUUUGAGACAAAGCCUCAACCUUUCACAACUUUGUUGGAGCUCAAAUACUUAGAUUUUAUUCUCUCUUUGUUUCCUUCAUAAAGGUGGUUGAGUUGAGAUGAGAGAGAGAGAGAGAGAGAGAGAGAGAGAGAGAAAGUUGCUUCUUUUGGCCCAAUGCUUAGACUUUUCAUUUUGAUUUUCUUUGUUUUCAUGUAGUGCUUGUAAUGACAUAUAUAUAUAUAUAUAUAGAGAGAGAGAGAGAGAGAGAGAGAGAGGGAGAGAGAGAGAGAGAGAGUCUAACUUUGUUUGUUGAGUGAAUUUAGCCUUGUUUGGGAUGGGAAAUUAUAGGUUUAAGCUCUCUGAUAUGAUACCCAAUGCUUGGUUCUACAAGCUCAGAGACAUGGGAAACAGAGGAAGCAGCAGCAGCAGAGGCAGAGGCUACCACCACCCAAAAGCAGAAGCGCCCACAACCCCACAAGCGCUCCUCCCCACAUCCCCGCCGCUCCGAAACCAAACCCUCCUCCCCAGCAGAGCCUCCUACUACCACUCCACCCUCGAAACUCAGCAGCAGCAGCAGCAGCAGCAGCAGCUCCACUCCAUACCCGCAGAAUCCCACUUCCCCGUCGACCCGCCGCGCAAAUCUGCUCGACGAGCCCGCAAAAAAGCGAUUCUUAAGCCCACCUCAAGACCCUCCCUCUCCCCUGCUUCUGCUUCUCGCAGAAGCCGCGGAGAAUUCGAGCAAGAUCCCAUCUUUGCGCUCCCACGCGAAUCCGAUAGGUACAGAGUAACCUCCUCUGCUACCGACAUCACCAUCGACGUGGAUCAAAAUGGCUCCUUUACCCAGCAACUCUCCCCCAUCCUCACCAAACCACCGCCCAAAGAAGCGCUUUCGAAGGCCACGUCCAAAGCAAAGCUUCGCAGGGCUCGAACGAGCGCGAGGAGUCCGAGGGCGGUGCGCAGCGGCUUCUCCGAGAAGCAGGGGAGGAGGAAGACGAGGGACCUGGGCUUCUCGGGGAGCUUCGCGGUGGUAAAAUCCUCGUGGGAUCCUCGCAAGGACUUCGCGGAGUCGAUGGUGGAGAUGAUCGUCGAGAAGGGGAUAAGUGCUUCUGGGGACUUGGAGGAGCUCUUGGCCUGCUACCUCGCCCUCAACUCCGAGGAGUACCAUGCUGUGAUCGUGAAGGUGUUCCAGCAAAUUUGGCUUGAUCUUAAACUCUGCACUUACUAAGCUUGGAUUCUAAAGAAGAAGAAGAAGAGUUUUGCUUUGGCGUUUCAAAUAUUGCUGAUGUGUUAGCAUUGAUGGUGUUCUCGACCCAUCAGAUCGUAACGAAGAUCAAUGCUUUGUGUACUAUGUACUCUAUGCAGACUCAAAAGUAAUCGUCGUGAAACGAUUAGAUUGUAAAGAAGAGUAAUGCUCUCUCUGUACUACUAUAGUCUACGUAGUCUUGAAGUGUCGUUGAUGUACCGUCGUGUCGUGACCUGAUUAGAUUGUGAAGAAGAAAAAAAAAUAAAAAAGCCAUCAAUGCUUUGCGUAUGCUUUCCGCAAUGUUA